CCCAUUCAUUCGAAAUUCCAAUAUUCGAUCUGUACUUAUUUUCGAGUUCUUCAUUCUCAGCUCGAUUCUUCUUCAAUCUUCACUUCUUCAGAUCUUCCCAGCCUGUGUGCGACGACCUGCGUGCGUCCUCGUUCUCCUAUCCUUAUCCAGUUAUCCAUGCGGAGUAUUAAAAAGAACUCAUUCGUUUGUUUGUUUUUUGCUUAGGCCUCUCCUGCUGCAGAUAGUUUAGAAGUUUAGAAGCCUCUCUCUGCAGACACGCUCAACACAAGCUUAUUCCAGUUGCGCCUUCUCCUUCUUGCCUCCGGCAAGUCAUCACUGAGAUACUUAACUCCGGAGCUUUAUAAUUUAGCUACACCAUCACAAAAAGAAAAAUGAAGCAAAUGUUCGGAGGCCCGGGCAAGAUCAGCGGCCUUAUACUGAGGAGCCUACAGGGCACUUUUGCCGCUAUUGCCCUCGGUAUUUUAAGCUUUGUUCCUGGAGUUGGUACGAAUACUCCCUUCUGCUUCCUACUAGUUCAGCAGUGUGUUCAAAUCAUAUGGUGCUUUAUACUUAUAUGCCUUGAUCUCAAGGUUCUGGUGUCUGGGGGGAGGCUACCCUCCCCUAUCCAUAUGAUGGUGAACGUUGCUUUUGAUUGGUGUAUAUGGAUGUUAUCUCUUGGCGCCGCAUCCUCAGCCGCGUCGGUGGUUGAGUUUUUCAGGGCCACCUCCAUCUGCGAAAACUGGCCCGAGUAUACCUGCAGACGUUACCAGGCGGCGGUUGUCAUGGCAUUUAUUGUUGUGGCAUUGCAAGCAAUCUCUGUUCAUAUCUGGAUGUGGAUUGCAGCCUCAUCCUUUUUGCCCAUGUUGCAUUAACCGUCAGCGUGCUCGGUGCUCCAUUUUCCAUUGCGGCUUAUUAUUUGUUUCAUUAUUUCAUUCGAUUCAAGUAAUUUACGCCUUAUUAAUCAGUGUAUUGGAAGUAGCUUAAUUAGGAUGGUUUUGUAUUUUAAUUGUAGUUUUAUCGUGUAUGUACAAUUUUAUUGUAAUAAUAUAAAUCUUCUCUCGUGUGAGUUUCAUAUUCGAAAGUUUGAUCGUUUUUAACCUUUUUCUACCGGGUGAAUGUGUAA